GUCUCCAUGACAGUGUGUUAUUGUUGUUGGUGGUCGGAGUCGGUGUGUCCGGAUAAGCGAGCGGGCCGUGCGCGCUGAGCGGACUCGGACAGGCCCGGAGAUGAGCGGCGGAGCUGCGGGCUCUGCGGGCUUCAGCAGCGGGGCAGCAGGCGGAGCUGUUGACGGGCUGCAGUGAUGCUGGGCCGGGCAGAGAGGAGCGGAGAGCCGCGGGGAGAGCAGCCGGAGGAGCGGAGGACAUAAACACUCGAUAAACCCUCAACGAUGAUCUCCAGAUACAGCAGGAAGCCGCUGGAGCGCAGCCUGCAGAUUCGUGGUGUGUCCCGCAGCAGUCUGGAUCAGCACCCCCUGCCGGAGCAGCCUGAACCGGAACAAGAGGAGCCUCCACUGAGUCACUGCAGCUCAGAGACGUCCUCCGUUGUGUCCAGCAGGUCAGGUUGUCCUGUAGACUCGGCCAGAUCCUGGUCUGGAAUUCACAGCUAUACGGGUACAGGAGUGUCCACUGAGAGGAGCUCGCUGUUCUCCUGGGGCUACGAUGAGUUUGAUAAAGCAGCGUCUCGUCAGGUUCAGCUGAUGUUUGAGGAGAUCGAUGAGGAGCUCUAUGAAGGUAAAGGAGAGGUUCAGCUGCGGAAUCUGCAGGAGGAGUGUCAGCAGUGGGCUUCACGGUUCCCCCACCUCCGGAUCAUUGGAAAGCAGUUGAUUUGUCCUACAGAUGAAGGUUUUCAGUGGUUCGCCUCCUCGUCCCUCAGCUCCACCUCCAUCAGCCAAGCACAGGACAGAACCGCCAGCGAGUUGUGUGUGCAGGGUCACAGAGCCAUACUGUGUCCGUCUGUCGAGCUCACACUCUCUGACCCUCCCCGUGGUUCUCAUGGAGACGAGUUGCCGAGGGUGAUUGAAGCUGAAGGUCUGAUGGAGGAGUAUCUCGCCUUCGACUGCAGAGACCUUGAUGAGGAGUUUGAGCGGGAGUGUGUGAGCAGGCGGCGGUCCUGUCUGCCCCCCAUCUCUCCGUAUCGCUGCCGCAGGGAGGCGGUGCUGGAGCUGCUGUUUGAUGACGUGUGGCGCGAGCUGAUUGGUUGGAUGGAGGAGCUGAUCCGCAGGCUGUGGGAGGGCUGUGUCUCCGAUGAGGAAAAGAGUGCUGUUGCGCUCAGUCCAGCACGGCCGCAUUCCCACAGUCCGUUUGGGAUGCUGACCAUCCUGCCCGCAGCUCCGCCCCGCCUGGGCCCCACCCCAUCACGACCGCAACACAUACACACCAACCUGCAGCUCCAGCACACACACACUGCACUGCAGCUACAGAGCACAAAGUCAAGGGGCUCAAAGCACAAGUCGAGACGGAAAUCCAAAAAGCAGAGAAAGCCAUCUACUUCCAGUCGAGUGCCUGUAGGAACAGCUGCUACACAUCACAACCUAAAUGACCUCAUCAUGAUCCAUGGUAUUCCACUGCAGCAGAGAAACACUGGAGUUCUGGAACGAGCAGCACAUGAUGGAGAAGAGAGAAUGGUCCUUCGUCCCGGCUCCAGCAUCAUUCCUUCCAAUAAGCCACGCCCACGCCGUGCCCUGGAGCAGCAAAGCUCCACCUCCCUACCCCGCCCUCCCCAGUCUGCACGACGACGAGCGCUGCCCCCUCGGACACUAUUGCCAUUAGCAACAGGUCUGACCCCUUCCAGUCCAGCUGGAAACAUGGACGAGGGAAUCAGAGGAACUCGACUGUCCACAGCCGGUGAUUGUCUCUCCUCCCCUCCAAUGCCCCUCAGCAGAAACACACUGCUGCCCCCUAUUGGCACUGCAGAUACUGAGCACGCACCCUCUGCACAUCACACACGACACUCUCAGCGUCAGCGUGGUUCCUCCUCUCGUGCCCACAGUGCAGUAGCAGAUGAGGCUGGCAGUCUUCUACCCAGAGAUAGACUCCACCCACAGGACGUCUACUCCAGACCCAACACCACACACACCUUCAGGUCUGACACUCCGUAUCGCCGCUCUUUCACUGUCCUGGACAGCAGCGGGCAGAACCGGCCAGGCCGACCGUCAGUGGGCACAGAUUCUCUGGGUAUUGGUGUAACUGGAGUCAGUUUGGGCAUUAGCAGCUCUUCAUUCCUGGACUCCUUUACCCAUCAUCCCCUUGGCCACUCCCCCGUUGAGGAUGAGGAGGAGCCAGACACCCAGGCCCCACCCCCAGCAUUACUGCACCCGGUUCGUUCCCACAGUAGAGGUGGUCUGAUGACCCGCAGCAGCAGACCGGGACUUUAAUCCCCCACCCCACCCCUCCCAGCGCUGGGUGGGCAGCGCUCAAGGACGGUUACUCAGCGGUCACGCUUUACUCCACAGCAGGACUUUUAUACUCCGGCCUUUUGGGCAUUUUAUUUAUUUAUUAUUAAUGUUGUUUAUUAACCGUCGCUGUCGUUUUGUUGUUUGUUGAUUUUUUUUUUUUUUUUUUUUUAAGAGUCCUAUUUUUGUAUGUCAGAAUCUUCAGCUUUAAAUGGCUGCCAAAGACAGUAACGUCCAGCUCAGGACACACACACACACACACACACACACACCCACACCCACCACACACCAUGCACACACACUCUCACAUACACACACAGACCACACACACACAGACACACACCACACCACGCACACACACUCU